AGAGAGAGAUGAAAACUCGGUAGUGCCCUUAGAAGCUGCAAUGCUUUACACAUUGCAAGGACAUUUCCCCUUUUGUUCUGCAUACAGAUUCUCCUACACAGGCCCGCGUGCCCUCCUGGUUUUGCCUCUGUUGUCAAGGGCAUUUGUUAACCAGUGUUGAUGAGAUGCAUGUUCAGCGUUGCCAGACAGAGCGGUCGGGCAGGCAAGCAAAGUUUAGUGCCUCCACAAUACACGAGAAAGUUGCAAGUUUUUAUAUUCUUCCUCCUAACCUUUAAUGUCAAUGAUAGUUCUAAGCUAUACUUUAAGUACUGGCUAGAUUAGCUUUGGAAGAAAGUAUAUACGCAGUGAACAGAUAGGGAAACCAGCUCUUACGAGUACAAGAUAUAUAAGACUGAACAUUGUUAUUAUUGCUGCUGCUGCUGCUUAUGUUCUAACGGUAGUGCAUGUUGUGUUGGUAGCGGUGAUAGUGAUGAAUAGGAAUGUGUUGGUGUGUUAAGUAACGAAAGACUUAUAAGCAUAUCCUAAUUAAAAAAAAAAAUGAAUGAAGUUUCAUUUCCUCGUGUGAUGUAAUAUCUACCACAUUUUAAGCCUAAGAAAUCAGUGAAAGCUGAAUGGAUAGCAGAGAAACAGUUAUCUUGAAUCGCUGCAACACACCACCAACUGCCGUCAAGGCCAGAAGCAACUGUGAAGAAUUAAGCCGCUUAUGAAUCAACAUUCUUAGUUAUUACCAAAAAAAUCAAACCCUCAUAAUUAUAAUUUACAUAUUAGAGAAUAUAAUUAAAUUUACACUUACAUCUUUUCAUGACAUGUCACUCAUUUACACGUUUAUGAUAAUUACUCAACGAUUUGCUACUCUAAUAAAACUCUGUAUAACAAAUUUACCAAGAAUAAAAUAUAGAAUCAUAUGCCUGGCAGUUGCGCACGGUAAAAGUGUCAUACAGCUUGCCGUGGGUAGCUUAUAGUAGUACAGCUGCCUCACACUUCGCGUUGCCAUCAAGUGUUUAUUCCUAUAGUUUUCGAAGUAUUCAAGCAGAACGAGGAUUUGAACUCCAAGCAGCGGCAGCAGGAUAGUGAUUGCGUAGUGUUUGGCCGUACGUCUGUGUGUCGCGGAGGUUGACUAUGUCUCCCUGAAUCCUGAGAGCCGCCACGCAAAACUAGUGAGUGUUUGUAUGCAAGGCGAGGCUGUGGUGGCGGCGGCGGCGACGUGGAGGGAGAUGGUGCCAGGUUACGGGAAUGUUUGAACCCUGACUCACUUCCAUCUCCCACCAGAGCUUGCAAACAUGACAAAACUUAAAUGGAAACAAGGUUGACCUCGGGCACUCUCCUAAAAAAAAAUGCGAGUGAAAUGUGUGCAGUUGUAAAUUAAUGUUCAGAGGUAUUUGAGAAACUUAAACUCGCUUGCACUAAGAGUACUCCAUCUCCUUGACAGUAACCAACCCACCACAAAACGUACACCACAGCACCGCUAUCUCAAGGAUCAAAAUAAGUGUAGUUCAUAUUCUAAUCAAGAACGUGAGGAGAUCUGUUGAGGGACUGGGGAGCCGAAAGGAUGGCGGCAGCGGAGGCGGGCCAUGUGCGGCGAGGGAUGGUGAUGGUUGGCCCGACUUACCUAUACAACGGAGCCCAGGUAUGCGGAAGAAGGACGGGCCGCACCUGCAUCUUCCUCUUGGCUUCCUUUGGUGUUGCCUGUACUCUGGUUGGCCUUGUCUUCUUCACGGCAGACCUCAGAAUGGAGAGCGAGUUGUGGAUAGCGGGUGUGGUGUUCAUAGUUCUUGGCGUGGCUCUGCUUGUGUGGUUCAUUACGUUGUGCUGCGCUGCACGUUGCGCCUUCAAGAAGCUGCCAGCCUCCCACCCAGCCAGAGCCAUGCCAGCCAACGCCGUCCUGGUCACGCCGCGAUCCUCCACCUACCAGUUGCUGCCCAUGUCACCUAACAGGAUCCAAGUGACCCAAUCCACGAUCCCCUCCACCUCCAGGCUGAGCACGCAGACCCUCCCGAGUCCAGCCAGUAACAAGCCCAAAGCAGUAAGAGCAGCAGCAGUGUCCCCCACCGCUUUCCCGACCUGGGGCCACGCGGGGCGCAGCAGGGAGUACAUGCCGGGACAGAUAGGGUUGCAUCACACAAUGUACUCGUGGAACAACACUCCGGACUGGAGCAGCAGCAUUCCACGAGACGCAGGGCACGCACGGAUGAGUCCACAUUACAAUAUGGUCAAUCCUCUGGCAGCCCACACCCUGACACGUCCCUCGGCGCCGCGGCAGGAAAACUACACGAGAGGAUACAGUGCGCAUUUUCCGUCUCUACCGCACGGUUCGUCUAUGUCUGGAUAUGUGGCAGAUGACAGUCCACCUCCUUAUCACACUGUCGUGUCUGGGCCCUAACUGUUAUUAUUUCUUCCCUUCUAUCUAUCUGUCUUCCGUAGUCUCGAGCUGUAUCUUCAUCCCAACCCUUUCAUUCCCUUGUGUUUUCCAGUCUCUCUCUGUCCACUUCCUGAGUGUAAUCCACGACUACUUGUUAUCUGUUGGUCUUCUAGUUGUGCCAUAACUCUGUCUACCACCUAUUUCCUGCCUUCAUCCUUGACAUUUUCCCUGUCCUUCUUCUCCUCCUCCUCCUCCUCCUCCUCUACUAUCCUAUCCUUUUAAUCACUGGCUUUCGUUUUCUUAGUUAUUUUCUUACUAACAAUGAAGAUUUUAGACAUUAAAGUUCUUACUAAAUAGUGUUUUAUGAAGAUCAUGUUGUAAAUGCGUGUAAGGAAAUCACUUGUCUGCAUUGUGUGUUUGGAUGAAGAAUGACGCCAAAUUGUACAUAAGUAUGGCCUUUUUGUAUAUAUAAAAAUAUCAAUAAAGUGUUUGGUUAUUACUAAUA